CACAGCAGCGGUGGUGCUGAAGCUGAACAAGAUGGCUGUGUGCUGGGGAGCGGAGAGCUGAGAGAGAGAAAGGGGGGAGGCGAACAGAGUCUCAAAUCUAGACAGACACGCCAUCAGAAAAAAAGAGAAAAGAGCAGAGAGGACAGGGCGCUGGCGUUCACUCUCCAAGUGUGAAGCUUUUUAUUGCUGUGAAGCGUAACGAGCCGCUGCCAGGCCCCGUCUCUGCCGGCGACGGCAGGCUGCUCCAUCUCCAGCCCCGACCAUUCACUCCCAGGCUCUACCUUGCACAGAUUAGCUCAAUUACGGAAGCUGGUGAAGAAGCUGGACCCUGUACUAAAGGCGCAUAUAAGAAAUGUCAUUACUGUGUGUUGGAGUGAAGAAAGCCAAGCUUGAUGGACCCCAAGAGAAAUUUAACACAUACGUGACCCUGAAGGUGCAGAAUGUUAAGAGCACAACCAUCGCUGUGCGCGGCAGUCAGCCGUGCUGGGAGCAGGAUUUCAUGUUCGAAAUAAACCGCCUGGAUCUGGGCCUGACAGUGGAGGUGUGGAAUAAAGGGCUGAUCUGGGACACCAUGGUGGGCACCUUAUGGAUCCCCCUGCGCAGCAUACGGCAGUCCAACGAGGAGGGUCCAGGCCAAUGGCUGACCCUGGACUCCAAUGCGAUCAUGGCUGAGAAUGAGAUCUGUGGAACCAAAGACCCGACCUUUCACCGGCUGCUGCUUGACACCCGCUUUGAACUGCCACUAGACAUUCCAGAGGAAGAGGCCAGAUACUGGGCCAAGAAACUUGAACAACUAAAUGCCAUGAGAGAUCAAGAUUAUGCCUACCAAGAGGAACAGGAACGACCACUUCAUGCACCAUCCACACAGUGCUGUAAUUGGAGUCUGUGGGGAGAUCAGCAAAACGAGGAUCCAGACAGCGCCGUAGACGACAGGGACAGCGACUACCGCAGUGAGACCAGUAACAGCAUCCCGCCUCCCUACUACACCACCUCCCAGCCCAACGCUUCCAUGCACCAGUAUCCGAUGAGGCACCAGCAGUACAGACAGUCCUACAGCGACGAAAUCCAUGAGCUGGACUACGACCACAGAGCCAUGAGACGCUAUGAUAGUUUAGACUCGGCCACCAACGGGCGCAGUGAUAUCGACUCAGGCUCAGGGUCGAGCCGGCGCACCAGUCAUCAGUAUUCUCUAGACAGUAGGCAUUCACUGUCCGAUAGUCCAACAGACAGUCGUUAUGCCUCGUCAGGCGAGUUGAGUCGAGGCAGCUCUCAGCUCAGUGAGGAGUUUGUUCCAGAGGACGGCGAGAGCUUGCGAGGCUCGGAGUUCUACGAUGAAAACGACUCGUACCACUCCUGCCACUCCUCCGUCAGCUACGGCAAAGAGGAUUCCCCAGGCUGGGAAGGCGAGGACCCCCAAGGCGUCUACAGCGACGAGGGAGGCUACCUCAAAGAUGGAGGGGAAGAGGGGGCGCUGUAUACCGAAGAGCAGGGCGAUAUUUAUGAGGAGGAAGGAGAGUACAACUACGAAGAUGAGGAGGACAUGCCUUAUGAGGAAGAUGAAGAUAUGUAUCCACUCGAUGGUACACUCAGCGAAGACCAGGAGCCGCCCUACACCCCCACACCCACAAGCACUGCCCCCACCUUAAUGCCCCCCACUGAUGGUGUGUCCUCCACCAGGCCACCGCUGGAGAAGCAGGCGUCGUUGCAUCAGCAGCGACCAGCCCAUGAUCAGCUCCAGCCACCCAGCACAGCUCCUGGUCUACCUCCAGUCACACAGGACGACAAGUCGCCCGCUUUCAGUGCAGAAUCCAUCAAGCCUGCAUUUGCACCCACCCAGCCAGCUCUGUCUACCACCACUAUAUCCACCCCAACAACUACACCACAGGUCCCGAUUCCAGAUGCAGAGCCAAUGGAGCCUGAGCCCAAGUCUGAGCUUCUGCUGGAGGAACCUCAACCCCCUGAGCAGCCUCCCGCGGCAGAGAUUGUCCCUCCAGCUCCUGAAGAGAAAACAGAGGAGCCUCCUGUUCCAAGCUUCCCAAAGAGGGAAAUCAUGGAACCUGGUCCUGCCAGAGCCAAAGCCAACUGGCUUCGACUUUUCAGCAGAGUACGGUUGCAGCUGCAAGAGGCCCGAGGAGAAAGUGUUGGCAUAGCCUCUCUGCUUUUAUCAGCAGGUAUGGGUGGCGCUCUAUAUAGCAUUGACAGCAUGCCAGACCUCAGGAAGAGGAAAGCUAUGCCUCUGGUCAGAGAUCUGGCUAUGUCCUUGGUUCAGAACUCGAGGAAGGCAGGCAUCACAUCAGCCCUGACGUCCAGCACUCUGCAUAACGAAGAACUGAAGAGUCAUGUCUACAAGAAGACCCUCCAGGCCCUCAUAUAUCCCAUCUCCUGCACCACCCCACACAAUUUUGAGGUUUGGACAGCCACCACGCCUACUUACUGCUACGAGUGCGAGGGACUGCUGUGGGGUAUUGCUCGACAGGGCAUGCGCUGUACCGAGUGCGGGGUCAAAUGCCACGAGAAGUGCCAAGAUCUCCUCAAUGCUGAUUGUCUACAAAGAGCAGCAGAGAAGAGCUCCAAACAUGGUGCAGAGGACCGAACCCAGAACAUCAUCAUGGUCCUUAAAGACCGCAUGAAGAUCCGCGAGAGGAACAAACCCGAGAUCUUCGAACUUAUUCAGGAGGUGUUCAACAUUGUCAAGGCCACCCAUGUCACCUACAUGAAGCAGAUCAAGCAGAGCGUGCUCGAUGGCACCUCUAAAUGGUCGGCCAAGAUCAGCAUCACAGUGUUGUGUGCCCAGGGUCUACAAGCCAAGGAUAAAACCGGUUCCAGUGAUCCCUAUGUCACUGUCCAAGUGGGAAAGACCAAAAAGAGGACCAAAACCAUAUACGGCAACCUCAACCCUGUCUGGGAGGAGACAUUUAAUUUUGAAUGUCACAACUCCUCAGACCGCAUCAAGGUACGAGUGUGGGACGAGGACGACGACAUUAAAUCUCGUGUGAAGCAGAAGUUCAAGCGGGAGUCAGAUGACUUCCUUGGUCAGACUAUCAUCGAGGUCCGCACUCUGAGCGGAGAGAUGGAUGUCUGGUACAAUCUGGACAAGCGUACAGACAAAUCAGCUGUGUCUGGAGCUAUCCGCAUGCACAUUAAUGUAGAGAUCAAAGGAGAGGAGACGGUCGCCCCCUAUCACGUUCAGUACACCUGUUUGCAUGAAAACCUUUUCCACUAUGUGACAGAUAUCCAGAACACCGGUGUGGUGAAGAUUCCUGAUGCCAAAGGGGAUGAUGCAUGGAAGGUCUAUUUUGAGGAGACUCCCCAGGAGAUAGUCGAUGAGUUCGCCAUGCGUUAUGGAGUGGAGUCCAUCUACCAGGCCAUGACUCACUUUGCCUGCCUGUCAUCUAAGUACAUGUGCCCAGGUGUGCCUGCAGUGAUGAGUACCCUGCUGGCUAACAUCAAUGCAUACUACGCUCACACCACCCAGGCAACGAACAACGUGUCUGCCUCUGACCGCUUUGCCGCUUCUAACUUUGGAAAAGAACGAUUUGUCAAGCUUCUAGACCAGCUUCACAACUCUCUGAGGAUUGACCUGUCCAUGUACCGAAACAACUUCCCUGCCAGCAGUCCUGAGAGGCUGCAGGACCUCAAGUCCACAGUGGACCUCCUCACCAGUAUCACCUUCUUCAGAAUGAAGGUCCAAGAGCUCCAGUCGCCACCCAGAGCCAGUCAGGUAGUGAAGGAUUGUGUCAAAGCCUGCCUCAACUCCACCUACGAGUACAUCUUUAAUAACUGUCAUGAGCUGUACAGCCGCGAGUAUCAGACAGAUCCGGCCAAACAGGGUGCUGUGCCUCCGGAGGAGCAGGGACCCAGCAUCAAGAAUCUAGAUUUUUGGUCCAAACUCAUCACGCUUAUCGUCUCCAUUAUCGAGGAGGACAAGAACUCUUACACUCCCUGCCUAAACCAAUUUCCCCAGGAGCUCAACGUGGGUAAAAUCAGUGCUGAAGUGAUGUGGAACCUGUUUGCUCAGGAUAUGAAGUAUGCAAUGGAGGAACAUGAAAAAAAUCGUUUGUGCAAGAGUGCAGAUUACAUGAACCUGCACUUCAAGGUCAAGUGGCUGUACAAUGAGUACUGCAAGGACCUGCCCUUCUUCAAGAGCAGAGUGCCUGAAUAUCCUGCGUGGUUUGAGCCAUUUGUCAUUCAGUGGCUGGACGAAAAUGAGGAAGUGUCUCGGGACUUUCUGCACGGUGCUUUGGAGAGAGACAAAAAAGAUGGGUUCCAGGUCACAUCAGAACACGCUCUGUUCUCCUGCUCGGUUGUGGAUGUGUUUUCUCAGCUCAACCAGAGCUUUGAGAUCAUCAGGAAGCUAGAGUGUCCGGAUCCGCAAAUCGUAGGACACUACAUGAAGCGAUUUGCUAAGACCAUCAGCAAUGUACUUCUCUCCUAUGCUGAUAUAAUUUCCAAGUUGUUUGCCAACUAUGUCACCAUGGAGAAAGUGCCCUGCAUCCUGAUCAACAACAUCCAACAGCUGAGAGUUCAGCUGGAGAAGAUGUUUGAAGCCAUGGGUGGAAAAGAUCUGUGUGUGGAGGCCAGCGAUAUCCUGAAAGACCUGCAGGUUAAGCUCAACAAUGUCAUGGAUGAUCUCAGCAGGGUCUUUUCUGUCAGCUUCCAGCCUCACAUAGAGGAGAAUGUGAAGCAGAUGGGAGACAUCUUGGCUCAGGUGAAGGGAACCUCAAACGUGGGAAAUGCCAGCAGCGUGGCCCAGGAUGCAGACAACGUCCUGCAGCCUAUCAUGGAGUUCCUGGACAGCAACCUGACUUUGUUUGCUAAGAUCUGCGAGAAGACUGUGCUGAAACGUGUGUUAAAGGAGCUGUGGAAGCUGGUGAUGAACACCAUGGAGAAGACCAUUGUUCUGCCGCCGCUCACAGACCAAACGGGCACUCAGCUCAUCUUUAACGCAGCCAAGGAGCUGGGACAGCUGUCCAAGCUGAAGGAGCAUAUGGUUCGUGAGGAGGCCAAAGCGCUCACACCUAAGCAGUGCGCUGUGAUAGAGCUGGCCCUGGACACCAUUAAGCAAUAUUUCCAUGCUGGUGGUGUCGGUCUGAAGAAGACGUUCCUGGAGAAGAGUCCUGACCUCCAGUCCCUCCACUACGCCCUGUCACUCUACACGCAGGCUACAGACAAACUCAUUAAAACCUUUGUCCAGUCACAGAACGCACAAGGCUCUGGGGUAGACGAUGCUGUUGGAGAGGUGUCCAUCCAUGUGGAGAUCUUCACUCACCCCAACACUGGAGAGCACAAGGUCACAGUGAAAGUGGUGGCUGCCAAUGACCUGAGGUGGCAGACGCAGGGAAUAUUCCGGCCAUUUGUGGAGGUCUAUAUCAUCGGCCCUCACCUCAGCGACAAGAAGAGGAAGUACGCCACCAAGUCGAAGAACAACAGCUGGGCUCCCAAAUAUAACGAAACCUUCACUUUCACACUGAGUAACGAGGUGGGCCCCGAGUGCUACGAGCUGCAGGUAUGUGUAAAGGACUACUGCUUUGCGCGAGAGGACCGCACCGUGGGCAUGGCCGUCCUGCAGCUGAAGGACAUGGCCUCCAAAGGCAGCGUCGCCUGCUGGCUGCCGCUGGGUAAACGCAUCCACAUGGACGAGACGGGUCUCACUGUCCUCCGUAUCCUCUCCCAACGCAACAACGACGACGUGGCCAAGGAGUUUGUCAAGCUCAAGUCUGACCAGCGCUCUGCAGAGGAGGGCCGCAGCUAAGAGACAAGACAUAUUUUUUUUUAAAACGACCCCUGUCUGAAGCUCAAAUCAGACAUCCUACUGCCCUGGUGUUUUCCCUGAGCCACUGCUAGCCACUGCCCUGAUGAUCCAGUGUUGUAAAAGCACAGAUAAGACAACAGUCACCACACAUCUAGUGCUGUAAAUACAUCUAUUUCAGUGGGAAGGACACAGUGCUGAACAAGUCAUCUCUCAUUUUCUUCAAAAAAGCACCAAUGUCUUUAUUGUUGCAGAUAUUAUUGUCCAUCCUUUUGAUGAACAGUAUGUAGAGUUUAAACAUUGAGCAUCUAUCUAUUGUCCUCUAUCCACAGAGGCGAGUCAUGCCAUACACACACACACACACACACACACACACACACGCUUCGUCUGACCGGUUAGGGUGAGAAAUAUCUUGUAGCCUUUAAUACUUUGGCUUUAUUUCUCACUUUUCUUUUCUGCCUUUUUACUUUACCCCCUCAACCUUUCCAGUUCCUCUCAUCCCUUCCCUGGCCUGCACCCGCUCAGAGAAGGGGACCGCAAGUGCCAACAGAUAAUCACUGAAAUAUGCCAAGACGAGCCCUAAGCACAACAGGACCAACUGUCCAACUGACCCAUUAACAACAACGCAACGGCUGCAAGGCCUCAAACAUUCCAGAUAUUGGGUGGCGAACACAUACUGGGAACAAAGCACUAUUUAGUUAUGAUAAUUUUUAAUAUUUAUUUACUGCUUUCUUCCAAAUUAUAUUUAUAUCUAAAUAUAUAUAUAUAUAUAUCAUAAUAUAUAUGAAGGAGAUAUGUAAAGUUAUAUACAGGAUUAUUCGAUGGAUGAAAGAUUGUCCUUGUCCGUCUUUAUGUCCGUCUACCCUGUAACAGAGCACACUGCCUGACACCCUCAAUGCCUUCUGUCUUGUUGACCCUCGUACAGUUUGUCUGUUUCCUGUAUAGUGACUGUAUAGAGAGAUUAAUCUGAUGAAGACGCGCCUUUAAGCACUGUGAUUCAUCAGACUACAUGCGUGUGAGAGUGAUCGUGUCCGAGUGUAUAAUUUGAGCAUGUGUGGAGCUCAUCACAUGUAAGAUGUUCUAAUGUUGACCUCAUGUAGCCGCCCGUGUUGCCUGUUACCUGCAAAUGUAAUCACAGGAAGCCAUCACAAGCAAAGAACAUCACACAGAGGGGGGUGUUCAUUUAGAUUUUGUAAGUGUAUUUUACUUUGGGGAGGAUGCGUCCUAUAUCUUAUCUUUAUUGUGUUACUGUAAACAUUCCACAGACAGACCUAUACUGGGUGUGUUAAGAGGUGCACGAUGGAAGAAGAAAAACUGCCAAAUCAAAACCUGCAUGUAAGAGGAUGAAUAAAAACACCCCUGAGAUCCUAUUUUGCAAAAGCAACAUCCUCCGAAGAUAAAUAUCUACGUGGGUUACAAAACAACACACCCUGCACCCCAGGGAGAGCACAAAUCUGUAAUGAUCAGCCACCCACAACCCCUAAUGAUCCAGCUGCAGAAGCUGUAACCCUGAUCCCUGACACUGCAGAUGUCAGACCUCUGCUAAAGGGCUGCAGAACCAGACCACACCAGGUCUGGUGCUGACAUUUAAAAGAGGGCCUACAGUUUAGUAGAGAUGUAGUGUGAAGAUUUAGAAGCACAGGGGUCUUUAAUGCACCCGUAAUAACACAUUUAUACUUUCUAUUGUUAGUUUUUUCAGUAAUUGUUUAUGGAAUGACAGGAAGUACACAUCAAGGCUUCAGUUACAUUUCUUUCUUUAAUGAAGAGUCAAUUUCACAUGAAACUAAAUGUUUUUAAUUGCCUUUUGAAUUUUCCGGCAUGUCUCUUAAUUCAAUUAUUAUGUUCAUGAAUGCCCUUUUCUUUUCUUUUUUUAAAAAAAAGGAAAAUAAUGUUAAUCAGUUUAUUUCUUUGAGAGGUGUGUAUGUUUUUCUGAACUUAAAAGCAUCCAGGUGAGGAAAUGAUUCCAAGUUUAAUACUGACAGGGUGUUCUGCCUCUUUUUGCCUCAGUUGCCACUGGUGAGGGCCUCUACCCCCAAAGCACUUGAUCGUAAAUGAAUAAGAUAACAGACCCCCUCUCUUUUGAACAAGGUGUAAGAACUGAACUCUAUGCAUCUAAUCUAUAAAAAUCUAUGUAGAUGAGCCGUUUUUUUGAAGCAGUCUUAUAAUGUUUACAUUGUGGAUUAUUAUUCUUAUUAUAUCAGCACACGUGUUUGUCUGAUAUGUUGUACAUGCUGUCUCUAUCGUAAUGGGCCAAAUAUCACAGCUGUAGUAGAGCUGAUGAGAGACGGAAAUUUUUUUGUGCAGCUUUUCAGCGCAGAGGAAAAUAAUCUGGAACAGAGAGAUCAAUUGUUGUUGAUUGGCAUUGUAAAUAGCUCAGAUGUAACAAACACACGUCAGACUAUGUGAAGUGAAGUUUGCUGCUCUUUUGUAGACUUGAAUUUUGUUCUGGGUGACCGGGCAGUUGGGAAUUAUGUGUGUGCUAGUGCCCAAUCUGGAUAUGUAGCUAUUAUUGAAAGAUAUAGGAAGGCCAUGUACACACUGGAGAUAAAUGACAAGCAAUUUGCACAAAUCUGAUUAUUUAAUGGGCUUCAUUAAGAAAUAAAUAUACACAGCUAGCUUCUGCCUUUUACACUGGAAUUAUUCUGCUUUCAUAUAGACUAUACAGUGGAAAAACUACCUAUCUAAUCGCUGGUGUGUACAAGGUCUUCUAUUUAUGGGACAUCUGCACAGUAUUUUAAUAACUUUAAAUAACAGGUACACAACUGUCACAUAGCUGGAAAUGCCACGAAAAAAAAAUCUUUAUUUAUUGCUGUUGACAAUGAUAUUUUAGUCGAGGGAAUUCCUCCUCCUCCUACUCCUUCAGAGGCUCAGUUUGCGUGUUGGGGUAUUGGACUGGCAUGUGGAACAGGAAUGCACACAGAAGUUAAGGACGAGG